UCCGAGUCCUCCGAGGGUUUAGGAGUUUACCCCGCCGCCACGGCCGCGACGUGGCGUGUUUCCUUUCGCGCAACCGGGGAUUCGAAGGGGCGCAGCUCGGCUCUCCUCCCACAGCAUCGCUUCCUCAACGGCGAUCGCGGUCGACUUUGCGGAGAGACGCCGCGCGGAAAGGAGGGGAGGAGGGAAAGCGAGAUGGUGGACACGGGAAACGCCGGCGAGGGCAAAGAGUGGCGGAAGGGGUUGCGGGUCUUCUCGCCGGAGUACUAUGCGGUCUGCGCUAUCGGCGGCAUGCUUAGCGCCGGCACCACCCAUCUCGCCAUCACGCCGCUCGACGUCCUCAAGGUCAACAUGCAGGUGAACCCUAUUAAAUACAAUAGCAUGUUCUCUGGACUCCAUAUCCUUGUCAAAGAACAUGGACCGGCAUCACUUUGGAGAGGUUGGGCUGGAAAACUAUUCGGAUAUGGUGCUCAAGGUGGCUGUAGGUUUGGGCUAUAUGAAUAUUUCAAAAAGGUGUACUCGGAUGCGCUGGGAGGACCAAACAGAAGUACAAUUUACUUUGUGAGCAGUGCAUCUGCACAAGUAAUAGCAGAUGUAGCCCUUUGUCCAUUUGAGGCUGUGAAAGUUCGUGUGCAAACACAAGCACAUUUUGCUAGGGGAAUGGUUGAUGGCUUUCCUAAGUUAUAUGCAUCCGAAGGAUUGUCCGGCUUCUACAAGGGACUCUUACCACUUUGGGGACGGAACCUACCAUUUUCUAUUCUGAUGUUCUCGACCUUUGAGCAUUCUGUCGAUAUGCUGUACCGUGAUGUCAUCCAAAGGAAGAGGGAGGAAUGUUCAAGAGCUCAACAACUUGGUGUGACUUGCAUGGCUGGCUAUGCAUCUGGAGCUGUUGGAACUAUUAUAUCAAAUCCUGCAGAUAACAUUGUUUCUUCACUUUACAACAAAAAAGCUGACAGUAUCUUGCAGGCAGCAAAGAACAUAGGAUUUCCAAAUUUGUUUACUCGAAGCCUUCCUGUUCGUAUCACGCUCGUUGGACCUGUUAUAACACUGCAAUGGUUCUUCUAUGACACCAUCAAAGUAUUAACUGGACUGCCAACAAGUGGAGGUAUAGCACAGGAUUAUGAUGAAGUUAAUAGCAUAACCUGAUUUGAAGCAGGAUCAAGUGCUGAUCUGAUUGGCAAGAUCCAACUAUUAUUCUCCAAAUAUAUUGAGACUGUAAUCAGUAUCAUUCUAACUCCAGCAUUGUAAUUUUGGCCAGAGUCAAAUUGAAUUGAUGAGAAAAUCAAGGCGAAACAUCUGCUAUUUGCAAUCAGAACAGGCUGCUUCUGACAGUGCUUUUGUUUUUCCCUCAUCAGUUGUUGCUGAUUGCUACAAGCAACACUAAUAUAUGAUGAACAAUGUUAUGUACAGAUGGCGUGAAUAUUUAUUUACACAUUUUGUAGAUAAUGAUAUUUUGCAGUGCUGUACUGUACUUUGUUGGUUACUCUACCCAUAAUAUCUUAUGGGCAAAUUUCAUUUUGUAGUGGUGUAAGUUAUUAACAAAAAUUUCCUAUUGUCCUAAUUUUUUCUGCAAGUGCUCAAAUCGAUGUCUAGAUAUUAAUUAGGAAUAUCAUAUUUCAAACUAGUUUUUAUUGAAUUAUUCUGAAUCCAUCGUGCUAUAAAAAUUUUGUUUUUAUCUCUGAUGUAUCAAGAGAAAUCCGGGUCCCGAGCGGCCGGGACUCCCUCCACCGACCUUGCUCGGCCUAGAU